AUGAAAAAAUUAAUAGAUACUACAACAGAAUUCAGUAAAAACAUCAACAUGCAGUUUGGACUAGAUAAAUGCAAAACACUACACAUAAUAAAAGGCAAAAUAAAACCAGGCGACUACACAAUUAACACUACUGAUACAAUCACAGCUAUGGAACCGACAGAUCUAUAUAAAUAUUUAGGAUACAGACAACUCAAAGGACUAGAUCAUACAGCAAUUAAACACACACUGAAUACAGAAUACAAACGGAGAGUAAACGCAGUAUGCAAAACACAUCUCGCUGGAAAACAUCUUAUUAAAGCAUUAAAUACGUACGCGAUCCCAAUAUUAACCUACUCGUUUGGAGUGAUUAAAUGGUCUAAAACUGACAUACAGCAAAUAGAAAGAACCACACGCACCACACUUACCAAACACAAUAAUUUGCACCCUAAAUCCGCAAUAGAAAGACUCACAAUCAAACGACAAAAUGGAGGGAGAGGUCUAAUAGACAUUCAACACCUUUGGCAGAAACAAAUUAGUAGCCUCAAAACAUUCUUUCACAAUAAAUCUCGAACUAGUGACAUUCAUAAAGCCGUAACCCUAAAUGAUUUUAACUACACUCCACUUAACCUAAAUGAACACACAGACACACAACACAAUAACACUAAUAACCCACAAAAACAAAAAUUAGAGGACUGGAAAAAGAAAGUCCUGCACGGACGACACCCACAUGACCUGGAACAACCACAUGUAGAUACAGUAGCAUCAAAUAAAUGGCUUAAAAUUGGCAACCUAUUCCCGGAAACUAAAAGGUUUAUCAUCGCAAUCAAAAUCAAAAUCAAACACUAA